CCAGAUCAAUGAGCGACACACACCGCGCGCGCGCGAGGGGGUGUCUCUCUCUUCCAGGAAGGGAUUAUUAACCAGCGCGCUGCCGGCAUGUGAAGGAAAACACGCGCAGACAAAAGAAGUUUUUGUCAUGGACCGGACCAAAUAAAGACAAAAAACAACAAAAAGACAGAGAGAACUUCUCCCUCAGCGACAGCCGAGCGGUCGGACCGCCGCCGGGGAAGGAGCCGCGCGACACGGGAAAGUGGAAGGAGAGAAGUUGACGGGAGAUAAUGUCCGAACCCUCCGCUGCGAACAAGCAGGAGAGGAGCUCUUUCAGUCCUUCCGCAAACACGCUGCCAAACUCCACUUCCUCCCCCGUCCAUGCCCCCGCCGCCAGGCCAGCCAGCCGAAUGGAGGACAAGCCUGCCAGGCUGCCCGCGCACCUGCGCUUGCAGCCGGUCUUCUGGAACCGGGAGGACGUGGCGCAGUGGCUGCGCUGGGCCGAGAAGGAGUUCGCCCUGCGGCCCAUCACCAGCGGGACCUUCCAGAUGAAUGGCAAAGCUCUGCUGCUGCUGACCAAGGAGGACUUCCGCUACCGAUCCCCACACUCCGGGGACGUCUUGUACGAGCUGCUGCAGCACAUCCUGAAGCAGAGGAAGUCUUCGGUGUUCUACCCCUCUCCCUACUUUCCCGGGAACUCCUUCCAUUCGCUGCCUGAAGGCGUCGUCCAGCACCUGAAGCUUGAAGAAACGGUACGGCGGCCACCACGAGGUACAGACCCCCUCCCCGAGCAUCCGCCCACCAUUGAACUGCGGCACCGCUCCCGCUCCCCCCACAACCCCGCCCCCCGCCGCUUCCCUCCUGAGUCCAACGACCUGCGCCCCGCCUCCGAGGACCACCUCCAAAGCCUCCCCCAGCUGCCCGACAGCAACCACCACCUGCCGGAUGACAUGUACCCGCUGUCGGUGUCUCCGGCAGCCCCCAACGGCCGCUGCACAACGCCCAGAGAAGCCCCCUGCCCGGGCAGCCCUGGGGGCCAGGAGGCGGGCCCUCCUCGAGUCAUCCAGCUCAUGCCCAGCACCAUCAUGAACCCUUUGCUGCUGAGCCCCAACAGAAGCGGCGGUGGAGGAGACUUCAGACACAGCCGGGGCGGACCGCCGACCCCAGUGGGGGUGGAGAACGGGCGCGAAGGCAAAGUCCACGUCCACCCCCACCAGCUGCUGGUGCAGCAGCAUCUACUGCAGCAGCAGCAGGAGGACACGCUGUACAGGAACCACGUCAUCAUGCCCGUGUCUCCUCCUGAGGAGCAGCAGAUGCCCAUCGGCCGCAUAGCAGACUGCCGGCGGCUGUGGGACUACAUCUACCAGCUCCUGUCGGACAGCAGGUACGAGAACUACAUCCGCUGGGAGGAUCCUGAGAGCAAAGUCUUCCGCAUCAUGGACCCCAACGGCCUGGCCCGGCUCUGGGGCAACCACAAAAACAGAACCAACAUGACGUACGAGAAAAUGUCGCGAGCACUGAGACACUACUACAAGCUGAACAUCAUCAGGAAAGAGCCGGGGCAGCGACUCCUGUUCAGGUUCAUGAAAACCCCAGAUGAGAUCAUGAAUGGGCAGGCCGAGCGACUGGACCACCUGGAGUCAGACACGUACGAAGAAAUCUACAUCAAGGAGGAAUGCUUGGGAGCGGCGGCGGACGGCAAGCACCUCCAUGAACACGUUACUGAAAGCGACGACGGGAUCUACAACUGAUCCACGUGGAACCUGGACGCUCUGGGGGAGCGCUUUGUGUCUUAACUUUGCCUUAGGAUGAUGCUUUCCUGACCUGCUGUAAAAAAGAAACAGUUGAAUGAAAAGGUUUGAUUGGACGGACUCAGCGAAGAGCCAAUCACCCUGCUCCUCAUGAUUUAGUGUGGUUUUUAUUUUUUGGGAGGGGGUCCUUCAAUGCAUUAGAGUUUGUAAACAGAAAAUUGCGUGUCUGAGUGUGAGUGUGAAAGCGUGACAGGACUGUUUUCACCAUGAAAUAAACCUUUUAAUCAAACUGUCUACUCGGGAUCGAGCUGCAGUACCUUCACUGUCCACACGGUGGCAGCAGAGGGCAAGUUUUGCUUCCAAUAAAUGAUUUCAUGAUUUGGCGCGUGA